AUGCUACCUUCCAUAACAGGUAAUAAACUCCGCUGGCAGCGCUCAACCCGUCGACUAUCCUAUGUGAAGCUUCCCGCACUGACAAAGAAACACGACGACGACGAUGAAGCGAUCCCUCCCGAUCCGAAGCCGUCCGAACCCGUCAGCCUUCCUCGAAUCGUGCCAUCGCUAUGCAUCGACAAUCAAUAUUUCGUGAAUUAUACCAACGAUGGCGAUUUGACAAACGCUUUUCAUUCAUUCGCGAAAAUCCACGGCGAUCUGCACCGAAAGCGUCAGAACUAUUUCGAGAAGCGCGGAUUCGAAGAAGCGCUUCAAUUAAACAUCGACCAACAGAACAAUCGAAUUGGACAGGCUAUUGAGUGUUUGGCAAUUUGCGAAGAGAUCACCAAAAAGUACCAAUGCGGUUUGGAAUCCGCGUUCAAUCAUUUGGUCGACGAUCUUGCUGAAAAAUGUUUCAAGCUUUCAAGCAUCACUUCAAAAUUGUAUGCGCUGAGGCAGACGCAUCUAACGAAUUUGUGA